CCGAUCCCAAAGCGCAGGAGGAGCCCAAAGCCUAACCCUAAUCUCUAAUUUCCAGAGACCCUUCUCGAUCUCUCCAAAGUCCAAACCUAUGCCGCCUCUCCUUCCUCUUAUUCCCUCUCGAUCUCCUCUGGAACAAAAACAAGAACAAAAUUUUUGUAUCUACUCUGCUUUUCGCUCUUAAUCAUUCUGUAAAUGUUUUCUCCCUCUCACUCCUACUUCUCUCUUUGACCUCGGCACAUUACCCGUCACCCUCCCAAGAAGAAGAAGAAGAAGAAGAAGCCACCAUCCCGCCGCAAAUCGCCUCCUACAUCCCCGUCAGGUGACUUCGUCACAGUACGUAACAGUUGCCUCCCUGGCUUUGUGGCUUCCGUCGAUUUCCAACUCUAUUCGUAUUCGAACUUCAGAGAAGAUGUCGAGCCGCCCUCCUCCGCCCUCUGAGCAAAAUAAGAAGACGAUGAAAAGCGAUAAGAAAAAGAAACAAACCUCAGGCUUGGACAGCAAUGGUAGAGCUGCAACAGGCGGCGAGAUGGUUUCAGAUCCUCGGUUUGCCAUGGCUCACACUGACCCUCGGUUCCAGAAGGUUCCGCAGCGCAAGACGAAGGUUGCUAUCGAUUCCAGAUUCAAACGCAUGUUCACCGACAAGAAUUUCGGUGGCUCCUCCACAAAUUUAGACAAGCGUGGCAGGCGGAAGAAGCAGGACUCCAAGAGUUUGUUUCGCCAUUAUUAUCAUGUUGAGGAAGGUGAAGAGAAAGGAGAUGGAAAAUUGAAUGAAAUCAAAAGCGAGGAAGAAGAAAGUGAGAAGGACGAACCAAAGAAGCCGGUUCUCGUUGCUGCCGGAAGCGGGUCCAGUAGCGAGGCUGAUGAUCAUAUUGAGGAAGAUGAAGAGAAAGGAGAAGGAAAAUUGAAAGAAAUUGAAAGUGAGGAAGAAGAAAGUGAGAAGGAGGAACCAAAAAAGCCGGUUCUCGCCGGAAGCGAGUCCAGUAGCGAGGCUGAGGCGGCAGAGGAUUCGGAUGAUGACGAAGUAGAUGAUGCUGAAGAUGGCUCUACGACUGAUGAAGAAGAUGCAGCAGCUGGGGUUCUUUUUGAGGAUGAUUCAGCUCAAGUUGAGGUGGAGAAUGUACCGAUUGUUGAAGAUGGGACCAGAAGGCUUGCUGCUGUUAAUAUGGAUUGGAGGCAUGUCAGGGCUGCUGAUCUUUUUGUAGUACUGCGUUCCUUUCUUCCCAGUGGUGGGGUAAUCUCGUCGGUAGCUGUAUAUCCUUCAGAAUUUGGACUUGAGCGGAUGAAAGAAGAGGAAGUUCACGGUCCUGUUGGCUUAUUUGACGAUGAAGAAAACAAUGAGGAUGAUGACAGUACUGAUGAGAUAGACGAGGAGAAGCUACGUGCUUAUGAGAAAACUAGGCUGAGGUAUUACUUUGCUGUGGUGGAAUGUGAUUCAAUUGCAACCGCUGAGUACCUUUACAAUGUUUGUGAUGGGGUUGAGUUUGAGAGAUCUUCCAAUGUGCUUGAUUUGAGAUUCAUUCCUGAUUCUAUGGAAUUUAAGCAUCCACCACGUGACAUUGCAACCGAGGCACCUAGUAGUUAUGAUGGAAUAGACUUCCACACUAAAGCUUUGCAGCACAGCAACAUACCCAUUUCCUGGGAUGAAGAUGAACCUCAGCGUGUGAAGACCUUGAAACGAAAAUUUAAUGCUGAUCAGGUAGAUGAUAAGGAGUUACAGGAAUUUUUAGCUUCCGACGAGGGUGAAAGUGAUGAAAAUGAGGAUGAUGCAGACAAUCAUUCGAGUAAAAAGCACAGCAAGGGAGACCAGUACAGGGCUCUAAUCCAGUCAGGUGAUGGUUCAGAUGAAGAUGAGGAGGAGGAAGGGCAGGACAUGGAGGUUACCUUCAACGCAGGCUUGGAGAACUUGAGCAAGCGCUUUAUGGAAAAGAAGGACAAGAAAUCAAGAACUGUAUGGGAAGAGUACCUAAGAAAGAGAAAAGAAAAGAAGGCUGCUCGCAAACAGAAAUCCAAGUCAAAGUAUUCAUCAGAUGAAGAAAGUAGUAGUGAUGAUGAUGCCAUAGGUGUAGAAAAUGCAGAUGACUUCUUUGUUCAGGGGCCAUCAGCUGAUGAUAAAGGUUCCAAGAAGGGUGUUGCUCAGGCCAAAGGUAAGAAAGGAAAAAAGUCGAGAAAGGAAAAUGAGAACGAGGUGUCCGAAGAAGCAGCAACAACAGCUGAGCUAGAGUUACUACUUGCCGAUGAUAAGGGGACUGAUGAUGGACCUAAAGGGUAUAAUCUGAAACCAAAGAAAUCUAAGAACGCUAAGAAGGGCAAAGAAGUUCCAGACAAGGGCAAGAAGCUACCUGCAGUUGAUUAUGAUGACCCACGAUUUUCGUCCUUCUUUAAGUCGCCUCUCUUUGCAUUAGAUCCAACAGAUCCACAGUUCAAGAGGAGUGCUGCCUAUGCCAAGCAAAUGGAGAAGCAGCAGCGGAAAGGUGACCAGGCGCAGUCAAUUCCUGCUGACUCGGAAACAACAUCUGAUGAACAACCGAAAAACUUGAAUAAUCUGUCACCACAGAAAGUGAAGCACGAGCUAUCCUCUUUGGUGAAGUCCAUUAAGAUGAAGUCGAAACAACUCGAGCAGCCUCCCAACAGCAAGGCAUCAAAGAAAGAACACAAGUCGAUGAAGUUGAAACGCACGGAGAGUGGGACAGUGGGGCACUCGAAGCUUGUUCAGUCAGUAAAGAAGAAAACCAAAACAAGAUGAUGAGUCGUUGAAUCCUUUUCUAUUGAAGAAAAGGGCAUCAUAUAUUUGGCUGUAAUUUUGUCUGUCUAGCAGACUUUUCGAUAUGGUAUCGGUUUUGCAAUGUUGUUUUGAUGCACAG